UAUAUUUGACAGGGGUUUGACUGACGGGAAAUAAGGGGGCAGUAGUAGGCGAGAAAGACCUGCGUAUGAAUCGAAAUUGAAGUUACUUUUUGUAUGUCGGUCACAUUUUUUUUGUGACUGGUGCCGCGAGUUGAAUCGUAUGUGAUGAUUAAUUCGGAAAGACACAGCAACAGGGCAUAGAACUACAGGAUGUCGCGGACAGUUUCAGUUUUUUUUGGAUGGGGAAGCACGACUCGAACAGUAAAACGCAACGCGGAAAAUAUUUAAAAGGGAGAAUGCGAAUGGUUAGAAGAGAUAGAAUUCAAACAAAAUGGAAACAAUGUAGCAUCGCUGCGGCAUUCCAUAUAGCUAUAAGCACUACUAGAGUAGAAAAUAGAGAGCUAGUUAACAAAUAUAAAUGUAACGUUACUUAUUAUUUAUCAGAAAAGCUCAAACAGAGUCUGUAGUAAACUGGUUGAAACAAAAAAUAGUUCGUUGGUGUCCCCAGCUACCAAAGAAGAGAGAACUCAAAUAUGCUACGGAGAAGACUGAACCGUUUGUUCGGUAGGGACGAGAGGAGGGUAGACAGCAGGACCAUCUACGUAGGCCACCGGCCCUGUCCCGCCACCGACGCUUUCAUCCCCCCCAAGUUCUGUGACAACAGGAUUGUCUCUUCCAAGUACACGGUGUGGAACUUCCUGCCAAAGAAUCUGUUUGAACAGUUCAGAAGAAUCGCCAAUUUCUACUUCCUCAUAAUCUUCUUGGUGCAGGUCAUUGUAGACACUCCCACCAGCCCAGUCACUAGUGGCCUGCCAUUGUUCUUCGUCAUCACAGUAACAGCCAUUAAACAGGGCUAUGAGGACUGGCUGCGGCACAAGGCAGACAAUGAGGUGAAUAAGUACCUGGUGACUGUGCUGGAGGACGGCCGGAGAGCACGCAAGGAGAGCGAGAAAAUCAAGGUCGGGGAUGUGGUGGAGGUGGUGGAGGAUGAGACCUUCCCCUGUGACCUCAUCCUGCUGCAGUCCAGCCGGGAGGACGAGACCUGCUUUGUCACCACGGCCAGUCUGGACGGGGAGUCCAACCAUAAGACACACUACACAGUGCCAGACACAGAGAAGGGCCUGGAGUCUCUCAGUGCCACCGUGGAGUGCGAGCAGCCGCAGCCUGACCUCUACAAGUUUGUGGGGCGUAUGCACAUCUACAAGAAUGACCAGGAGCCUGCUGUGAGGUCUUUGGGUCCAGAGAAUCUCCUCCUGAAAGGCGCUACCUUGAAGAAUACUCAGAAGAUUUAUGGAGUGGCAGUGUACUCUGGCAUGGAAACCAAAAUGGCUCUGAACUACCAGGGGAAGUCCCAGAAGCGAUCUGUGGUGGAGAAAUCUAUCAAUGCCUUCCUGCUGGUGUACCUGGGUAUCCUGGUGAGCAAGGCCCUGGUGUGCACCACGCUCAAGUACGUGUGGCAGAGCCAACCAGGCCAGGAAGAGCCCUGGUACAACCAGAAGACGCAGAAGGAGAAAGAUGCCAACCUGUACCUGAAUAUGUUUACUGACUUCCUGUCGUUCAUGGUGCUGUUCAACUUCAUCAUCCCCGUGUCCAUGUACGUGACUGUGGAGAUGCAGAAGUUCCUGGGCUCCUUCUUCAUCUCCUGGGACAAGGACUUCUUCGACCCCGAGAUCCAGGAAGGGGCUCUGGUCAACACCUCUGACCUCAACGAGGAGCUAGGACAGGUGGAGUAUGUGUUCACGGACAAGACGGGCACUCUGACCCAGAACAGCAUGGAGUUCAUCGAGUGCUGCAUCGACGGCUUCCAGUACAAGAACCGUGACUCGAGCACCGAGCUGGACGGCUUCUGUGUCACAGAUGGACCCGUGAGCAUGCUGCAGCAGAAGGCUGGCAGGGAGGAGGAGGAGCUGUUCCUGCGGGCUCUGUGUCUGUGCCACACGGUGCAGGUCAAGGAGUCUACGGGUCAGGAGGACGGGGUUGGGGACCAGGUGGACGGUGUCCUGGGGCUGGACGGAGAGAUGGUCCACCCUGCAGAGCUCAGGGGCUUCAUCGCCUCCUCACCCGACGAGGUGGCACUGGUCAAGGGAGCCAUGAAGUAUGGUUUCACAUUCCUAGGUAUGGAGAGCAAGAACAUGAGAGUGAUGAACAGAGACAAAGAUGUUGAAACGUACGAGCUGCUUCAUGUGUUGAACUUUGACCCCGUGAGAAGGCGUAUGAGCGUAAUAGUCCGAUCCAAAUGCGGGGACAUCAUGCUGUUCUGUAAGGGGGCCGACUCCUCCAUCUUCCCCCGUGUCAGGCAGGAGGAGGUGGACAGGAUACGCAUGCACGUGGAGCGCAACGCUACGGAAGGCUACCGGACGCUGUGUGUGGCCUACAAGCUGCUGAGUUCUGAAGAGUACGCCCAGGCAGACGCAGGGCUGAGGGAAGCCAGGCUGGCCCUGGAUGACCGAGAGGAGAAACUCAUGGCUGUCUACAACCAGGUGGAGACUGGGAUGAGCCUGAUCGGAGCUACCGCUGUGGAGGACAGGUUGCAGGAGGAGGCAGCGGAGACCAUGGAGGCCCUGCAGCGGGCUGGCAUGAAGGUGUGGGUUCUUACGGGGGACAAGAUGGAGACUGCCAAGUCCACGUGCUAUGCCUGUCGGCUAUUCCAGAGGGGCACAGAGCUGCUGGAACUGACGGUGCGAACCCUGGAGGACGGCGGAAGGAGGAGAGAAGAGCGCCUGCAUGAGGUGCUGUUAGACUACCACAAGAGGGCAGUGCAGGAACCACCACCGGUUAAGUCUAGGGUCACCAGGAGCUGCACUUCAGCUAAGCAGGACUACGGCUUCAUCAUAGACGGAGCCACUCUGUCCUUAGUGUUCAACUCCUCUCCUGACUCCAGCCACUACAAGAGUCUCUUCCUCCAGAUCUGUCAGAACUGUACCACUGUUCUGUGCUGCCGUAUGGCUCCCCUACAGAAGGCCCAGAUCGUGAACAUGGUGAAGAACUCCAAAGGCAGCCCCAUCACCCUCUCCAUCGGAGAUGGAGCCAACGAUGUCAGUAUGAUUCUGGAGGCACACAUAGGCAUCGGUAUAAAAGGUAAAGAGGGUCGCCAGGCAGUGAGGAACAGUGACUAUGCCAUCCCUAAACUCAAGCACCUGAAGAAACUGUUACUGGGACACGGGCACCUCUACUACGUUCGGAUCGCCCACUUGGUGCAAUACUUCUUCUACAAGAACCUCUGCUUCAUCUUACCUCAGUUCUUGUACCAGUUUUUCUGUGGAUCUUCCCAGCAACCCCUCUACGACGCAGCCUAUCUGACGAUGUACAACAUCUGUUUCACCUCCAUGCCUAUCCUGGCCUACAGCCUGUUGGAGCAGCACAUCUGUAUGGAGGUCCUGAUGAGCAAUGCUACCCUCUACAGGGACGUAGCAAAGAAUGCCAUGUUGCGUUGGAGCCCCUUCCUGUACUGGACCCUACUUGGGGUCUACCAGGGCCUCCUGUUCUUCUUUGGGGUCCGCUUUCUCUUUAGUAACCCCGCCCUGCAGGACAAUGGCCAGGUGUUUGGGAAUUGGUCGUACGGAACAAUUGUUUUUACUGUCCUCGUCUUCACCGUCACGCUAAAGCUGGCUAUGGACACGCGCCAUUGGACAUGGAUCAAUCACUUUGUCAUCUGGGGCUCGCUGGCCUUCUACAUGUUCUUCAGCUUCUUCUGGGGUGGGAUCAUAUGGCCCUUCCUUCGGCAGCAGCGUCUCUACUUUGUGUUUGCUAAUAUGCUGCGCUCUGUGUCGGCCUGGCUGGUCAUCAUCCUCCUCAUCCUGCUCAGCCUGCUGCCUGAGAUCCUGCUGCUGGUCCUCCGCAAGCCGCGCUGGCCCCACUCUCGACAGAUCAAGCAACGACUUCCUUCGUCGGGAACGUCCACUGUCUUCAUGCUGUCGCAGACCGCCAGCACUCACAGCUUCUCCUGGAGUGACUGAGGUCUCUCUCUCUAUGCUCUUUGCCUCUCUCCUCUCCUCCUAUCUAUCCUGUCCUGCUUGCCAGAUUUCUCCCCCAUCCCUCUUCCUGCCUUUAACACGACUCAGGUGGUGUCCUAUAACAUCCAGCAUCCACCCUCCCUUGACAGGUUAGGCCUGAUCCUCACACUGUUGCCCAUUCUAGAGGUUCCCACUUUAGAACAUAGUGAUGUUGAAGGGAUGCUGCUUUUUUAAAGGUUCUAACGACAUUGCCCAAUGCCCUGCCUUCUGUCACUUACCCAGUGUUGUGUUUGGUUUGGUGCUGAAACCAUGGCAUGUUGGUGCUAUGUCUACUUCGGUAUGUCCUGGUGCAUUGGUCAUUGUGUCUUAGCUGCCUGUGUUGUGCCUGCUGUCUCUGCAUGCCUGUCCAGGUGAAUGCGGCACGCCAACACAUGAGGUUAACCUGCAUGCCAGUGUGCCCCAGACAACCCCAUACCAGACAACCCCAUACCCUGGACCC